GAAACCUGGGCAGUUCUUCUUGCGGAGAAAAAUACUUCUGGCGUCAACUUUAGAGGAGCAAGGCCGCUUGUUCUUCGCUGGAAGAUUUUUCACGCCACAGCCAUGAUUGCGAAAGCGCUUCUAGCUCUCCUGUCUUUGUCUUUGACGUUGACCGCUGGUACUGACCCGAGUCAAUGGGAGGUGACCUCCGUUCCGGGCCUCGACCAACCGGUCAACUUCAAGCAUUACUCGGGAUUCGUGGACGCCGGCGAAGGGCGACGCCUUCACUACUGGUUCAUGGAAAGCCAACGGUCGCCAUCCGAGGACCCCGUGCUGCUGUGGCUGAACGGUGGCCCGUGCUGCAGCUCGCUUGUGGGGGCCAUCGCUGAACUGGGCCCCUUCAGGGUUGGCUACCAGGGCAUCAACAUGACCACAAACCCUUCCAGCUGGAACAAGGUGGCGAACAUAAUUUUUUUGGAAUCUCCCGCGGGCGUCGGAUUCUCCUACGAGCGUUCGGGAAAUUACGCGAGCGACGACACUCAAACGACGGACCAGAACUACCUCGCCACGCUGAAUUUCUUCGACGAGUAUCCAAUGUUCAAGAAAAACGAUUUCUACAUCGCCGGUGAAAGUUACGCCGGCGUCUACGUGCCUCUGCUCGCGCAGCGGUUUGUAAAGGACCCUCGAGGAAUUAAUCUCAAGGGAUACGCCGUCGGGAACGGAGCACUGGACAUGGAGCUUCUCGGCAAAUCCAUCAUGUUUUUCGGCUACUACCAUGGUCUUUUUGGUCAGAGGCUGUGGAAGGAGCUGACAACCAACUGCUGCAAUGGGAGCAUCUCUCAGGAGACUUGCGAUUUCGGGUGGUCCACCAAGAACCCCGCCUGCAUUGAUCCGGUUAAAAGGGCCAACCAGAUCAUCCUGAGCAGCGGACUGAACGUUUACAACCUGUACGACCCUUGCAACUACGACCAAGGAAGUUGGUCGCUGGCUCCGCGCUAUUCCGACUCCACGAUGCAGCAUGCCUUCAGACGACUCGUGAAGAAACUCUUCAAAUGGCCGACCACGAACAUCAACGUCACCAAGCCGAAGUGCAUCGACCAGGACCGCUUGCAGCUGUACUUCAACCGACGUGACGUGAUCGAAGCACUGCACGUGCAGGAGUCUCCGCUGCAGUGGUAUCCUUGCAACAUGGCCAUCAAUUACACAGAGCAGCACACCACCAUGCGCGAGGUCGUCCAAGACCUGGCCACGUCUGGUCAACUGAGGGCUCUCAUCUACAACGGGGACGUCGACAUGGCCUGUAACUUCCUGGGCGAUGAUUGGUUCGUCCACAGCUUGGGAUACGAGCCAACGUCGGAGUACCGAAUGUGGCACGUGGACGGGGUGAUCUCUGGGUUCGUCCAGAACUUCGAGCACAACAUCACUUUCGUCACUGUUAAGGGCUCCGGCCAUAUGGUUCCCUUGGACAAGGCAGCGGAGUCUCUCCAUAUGAUCACCAAUUUCCUGUCUGGCACACCGUUUCUAUGAGGAACAACGCCAAAACUAGGACCACUGAAGGAAGAAGAAGCAAUGGUUUAACGGAAGCUGGCGCAUUGAAUAAAAAUGUUGACGAUGCUUUUCCUUAUAAGGGAAACGGGGGCUAA